AUGCCCCUGGCGAUUCGGUUCUCAUCCAUAGGCGCAACGAUGCAUUCUUCUACCGGUCCAUUUUCUGCCGCACUUUUGCAACCAGGCUGGACUGCUGUUUCACCGUAUGUCUGCAGAAUGACUACAUCGCCGGGUUAUGGCGGACGGGCGUUGGGGAGACGGGUGGUUGGUGACUGCAGAAGAUGGACGGAAAUAUCCGCGUCUAUCCUCUCAGCAUCGUGUUCUGCCGCCGGAAUCUCCAGUGGGUAUUCGAUAUCGUCCACUUCUGUUAUGUGGCUGUCAUUGCGAAAUUCGAUCUUGUCGCAGUCAUUGAUGGAGUAUAGUGAAACACUGGAGAUCACGGAAAUGGCAAUUAUCGCAGACCAUACGACCUGUGGAGAUCUCACAGUUAUGGAUUGGCUCGAAUUCCCUCAAUCAGAAACAGCUGAUGCAUAUUUCACAGUGAUUGAUAGUUCCUCAAGAUUGUUGCAACGCCCGUCCGGCGACAAAAAUGAAACUCGUCGCCGAUUGAUUGGAAAGACUUGA